CCGACACUCCAUCUCUGUUUGAAGAGGAUGCAGACAGCUGGAUGAGCCAGAGGUUCUCACAGACAAGCUGGCGCCAGGCUUUCACACAAUCACAGGAUAUGUAAAGACUUCAAUAACGACCCAUUAGGCCUAAUGAUUGAGAAUCGAUCAGGCGUUAACUCCUCCAUGCAUAUGUUAAUGCGACGCCGGCCCGGCCUAUAUAAUCGGGCCGCUUCUGGAGGCCUGGAGAACACUCUCGGAUUGUACUCGGAUAGAUUCACUUACUCGAAAUUGAGAGAGAAAAAACAGAGUGAAAUCAUGGUGAAGAACUUUUCCGUGGACUGGCUCGCUCAGAGCUUUCAUGACUCGCCGGGUGUUGAGGUCCAGGAGCCGGAGAAAAAGACGCCGCAAAGGCCGCAUGUUCCGUGUGUGGUCCAGCCGAGACCUCCGACAUCAUACGACAAGGUUUAUUUACAGCCAAAACCCAAAGUUAACAAAGCUGAGCUGAAGCCAGAGACCAGCAAAGAGACCCCAGCUCCGGUUAACCCAAGAAACUGCUCAUCUCCAAGCUUUUCAGAAAACAGCGGUUAUUCGUCGGGUUAUGAGAGUGAAGCAGCCGCUUCUGAAUGCGCUUCUGUCGAAGAUGGACACGACGUAGAGAAAGACGGAGCGACGCGCAGAAUCAGAACCAAAUUCACCCCGGAACAGAUCGACAAACUGGAGAAAAUCUUCAACAAACACAAAUACCUGGAUGCGGGAGAGAGGGUGAAAACCGCGCUGAAGCUCAGUCUGUCAGAAACACAGGUCAGAACAUGGUUCCAGAACCGCAGGAUGAAGCUGAAGCGGGAAGUGCAGGAAAUGCGCGCGGAUUUUCUACUGCCUCAGAUGGUGCUUCCGCCGGUAAUUCCAGUUCAGUAUCAAUGCUACGACAGACAGCGGCUCCCGUUCCCGCCACGCGGGCCUAUGGUGCAGCAGAUGAUGUUGCCUCUUCAUCCUCACCAUCAUCAGCUCAUGGUGGCCAGACAGCAUUACUACUGA